AUGGUGCUCCACACAGUUAUCCAGGCAGCACGGGAGGGGGAUGUGGAGGCUCUAAGAGCACUGCUCGAGUCGAACGGCCUCAGCCCCACUAUCACUGAUGCCCAGGGUGCCACGCCCGUUCACCACGCUGCCCGCUGUGGCCAACUCUGCUGUCUGUGCUUUCUGGUGGGCGAGGCCCACCUCUCCAUCCAUGCCCGCACCAGGAAUGGGGCCACGGCUGCCCACGAUGCCGCUGCCACGGGGCACACCCGGGAACUGAAGUGGCUCCUGGGACACAGGGGCUGCAGGCUUGAGGAUCAGGACGGGGAAGGAGCAACUGCCCUGCACUUGGCAGCGAGGUUUGGUCACACUGACACCAUGCGGUGGUUACUGUCUGUAGGGGGCAGCACCGAGCUCGAGACGCACUGCAAUGCACUUCCAGUCCACUACGCUGCUGCCAGUGGAAAUCUCACCUGUGUCAAAUUGCUUCUGGCCCAUUCUCCAUGGUGUGUGGACCAUCAGAUGGCUACCGGGGCCACACCCCUGUACCUGGCCUGCCAAGAGGGGCACCUGCAUGUGGUGGAGUACCUGGUGAAAGAUUGCGGCUCAGAUGUGCGUCUGAGGACACGAGACGGCAUGAGUGUCCUCCACGCCGCGACCCACAUGGGCCACCAUGCCCUGGUCGUCUGGCUGGCGUCCUUCACUGAUAUAGAUCUGUCAUGUCAGGACGAGAACGGUGCCACUGUCCUGCACUUCGCUGCCAGCGAGGGGCACCAUCGCAUCCUGGAACGACUGUUGCUGAUGGGUGCCAAGGUCCUGCGGGACCGCUGGGGCGGGACCCCCCUGCACGAUGCUGCAGAAAACGGAGAAAUGGAGUGCUGCAGCGUUCUGCUGGCCAAUCACGUCAGCCCGGUGGAGAAGGACGCGGAUGGUUUCAGCGCGGUGGACCUCGCAGAGUACCACGGCCAUGGCGACUGCGCCAUGCUACUCUGCUCUGCUCAGCUUCAAGGUUCAGUGGACAGUGUCCUUUCAUCAGACAUUAUUUUCAAAGAAGAGGAAAGGGCUCUGUUUGGUACUGCCGAUCACCUCCAAAAGGUCCCAGACAAGUCCAGUGGAACAAGCACAAGGGCUCCGAUGGACAAGAGUGAGCAUGGGCAGUUGCUGAAGGAGGAGCCACCCCAACUCUGCCCCACCCCAGCGUGCCCUGACUCCUCCUCUCCACGCUCCAUCAGAACUGCAGCCACCUCCUUUCAAAAUGUACAAAUGGCUUCUGCAGCUGUGUCCUCUUUCACCACAAGGAGGCACCCUGAGGAGAAUGAGGCACCAAUGCCUCAGACAAAGUCCCCAAGGUUGUGGAGACAUGCGGGAAUUUCGGCAGUCUUCACUGGACAUGCAAUAAAUAAAAGAGAAAUGAAAAUGGCUGACCUGAUGGAGGAGGUAAAUUUUGCUGACAUUGACUCACUGGUUCCCACCUACGAUGAGCACGGAAGACCCAUUCCUGAGUGGAAACGGCAGGUGCUGGUGCGGAAGCUCCAGGCACGGCUACAGGAUGAGGAUGAUCAACAGCGAAAGGUAAAUAUUGCUAAAGACAAAUAUAUGGAUUGCUGGAGGUACUCAAAGGUACACAAUGCCAUAUUGGGUCCCUUUGGUGAGUUGUUAACAGAGGAUGAUUUGGUGUACUUGGAAGGACAGAUUGAGACUGUGUCCCUUCAGAAGAAGUGUCAGGCCUAUGAGCUGGAGUUGGCCCGUCUGGUCGAGGAGCUCCAAGUUGUCCUCCCUGCUCCCAUUGUCAACAUCUCCAUCAACACUCACUUCCAGCAGCAGCCAAACACGGCAGACUCUCUCGCUCUGCCCAUGUGGUGCAGCCGCAUCUCGGGGGUGGUAAAGAGCAUGUCUCUGCUUCUGAGCAACCUCAAGGGCAGAGACAGUGAGGGUGGUGAGUGCAAAAUGCCCAGCACAGAACUGACAUCGGUCUUCACCACGCAGCCAGAAAAACAAACCUCUGUCAAGGGCAGCAGAGAAACAGUGGAAAUGGAGAUCCAGCUAUCUGGAGUUUCAGUGAGAAAUUUAAGGUCUAAUUUUGAGAGUCAGAUAGGAAAUAUCUACCCAUUCUCUGGAAUGUUAAACAAUGCAUCUAGGGCUAAUACAAAGCAACAAAACAUGUCUAACUUCCCACCAGGACAUGAGCCAGAAGUAAGUGCUAUCCAAGACCUGAAUCUCAUUAAUGACAGCAGCAUUACAUGCAAGUUCAAUGAGAGCAAGGAAGCAGCUAAAGUUAAAGAAACCACAGGCUUGCGUAAAGAGCGAAUUGUUGUCCUGUUCUUGAGCCACUGGAAAAAGUCUGCCUAUGCUAUGUCUGUGAGAGCCAAACUGAGACAAGAUCUCAACACACAGAGCUCAGCAGAGAACCAUGGUGUGACACUCCCAGUUCCUCAUCCAAAGAAUGGCUCAUUGUAUCACCUCUACAGGCAAAGGACCACCAUAGACAAAAUGAUUUGCAACUGGAGGGCCAUCAUUGCCAGGGUUCCUUCACGCCAGAUCCAUAGCCUCCAAAGAAAGCGGGUCACCUACUCCCCUGAGCAGUUUCUCCCACGAGUGGAUGGUGCAACUGUGCCUUACGACAGCCUGACCCUGGAACUCUUCAUGCUGGGCUACUUCCACAUCCUGGAGCAGGACCUGCCAUCUGAGGAGCGAAAGAUGAGGCACUUGCUCUGCUUUGAAGUGUUUGACCACCUAGGGGCUUUCUCCUGGGAGAUGGUGAGGGACUUCCAUCGGGCUGUGCUGAGAGAUAUCGAGGCUGGCAACCGGGAGUGGGGUGAUGGCUUUGAAGAUAUCAAGACUCAGUUCUUUGGGACAAGAGGAAACGUUCCAUCCCCCAAGGCCCCAGAUGACCCUGCAGUUAUGGCAGUCCCCAGAGUCAUUGAAAAGAAUGCUGUGCAAGAUGAGAGGGCCCACAGCACAGGUGGGAAGACAGACUUCUCAUAUAUCGCUAACAAUGAAAUGUGCAAAUACAUAGACCGUAGCUUUGCAUUCUGGAAGGAAAAAGAAGCUGAGCUGUUUGACUUUGAACGAUAG